AUGGACGAGGCGGAGGACAGCGAUGAGGAGCCAAAAUUCCAGCAGCCUCGACCACCUCAUGUGACCAGUUUGUCCGGACGCGCGGAUCAUAGGAGCAGCGGAGGAACCAAGAUGAAGAAAUUUACGCCCGGAGGCGGAGCCGCGUCCAUUGCGCGCAAAAACUCCAACAUCAAUGAGCUGUGGCUCCUGCAAGACGAGGAUUCCGCACCUGUCCGUGCCAGUGGCAGCACGGCCUCCGCUCUGUUGUGCCGGAGGGAGGCUGCUGGGGGGGACACAGUUCCAGAGACAGGCGUGAUAGCAGAGGGAGCCAUCGGUAUGAUAUGCAACAAAAACGGAGACUGUAGACGGGACCCAGACAGUUCAGGGAGCCUCUCCUCUCUCAUCUCAAGGCAGGAGAAGCAGACAGGUGGAGUAGUAGCUGCCGAAGACGGAAAGGGGCAGUCUGCAAUCAUGGACGGCUCUAUCACUUCAGCGGGGUCCGUGACACAGGGGCCGUGCGCCGAGGUCAAGACGAUGGAGAAAAAAGACUCCAGAGUUUCCUUCUCCAACGCCCCAGCUGGUAAAGGGCGGACUCCGAGUCAGCAGUCGAGAAAUUCUGUCACAUUUACCAAAGCUGAGGAUGGCUCUCAGAUAGUGCCGGAUGAUGACGACUUCAGGGGAAAUCAGACAUAUAUGCAGCGGCAGUUUAGUUCCAUGCUUCAGCCCGGAGUUAACAAAUUCUCCCUGCGCAUGUUUGGCAGCCAGAAGGCAGUGGAGAAAGAACAAGAGCGCGUAAAGUCAGCGGGUAAUUGGAUUAUCCACCCAUACAGCGACUUCAGGUUCUACUGGGACUUCACCAUGCUGAUGUUCAUGGUGGGCAACCUGAUCAUCAUCCCCGUGGGCAUCACCUUCUUCAAGGACGAGACCACCAUUCCCUGGAUCAUCUUCAACGUGGUCUCUGACACCUUCUUCCUCAUGGACCUGGUGCUGAACUUCCGGACCGGCAUCGUGUUCGAGGACAACACCGAGAUCAUCCUCGAUCCCAAGAAGAUUAAGAAGAAGUACCUGAAGAGUUGGUUCGUGGUAGACUUCGUCUCAUCCAUACCUGUGGAUUAUAUCUUCCUCAUCGUGGAGAGAGGGAUGGACUCGGAGGUGUACAAAACGGCCCGAGCGCUCCGCAUUGUCCGCUUCACCAAGAUCCUCAGUCUGUUGCGGCUGCUGAGGCUGUCCAGACUGAUCCGUUACAUCCACCAAUGGGAGGAGAUCUUCCACAUGACCUAUGACCUUGCCAGUGCUGUGAUGCGAAUAUUCAACCUGAUUGGUAUGAUGCUGCUGCUGUGUCACUGGGAUGGCUGUCUCCAGUUCCUUGUUCCCAUGCUGCAGGACUUUCCGUCUGACUGCUGGGUCUCGCUCAACAAGAUGGUGAACGACACAUGGACCGAGCUCUACUCCUUCGCCCUCUUUAAGGCCAUGAGCCACAUGCUUUGCAUUGGAUAUGGUAGACAAGCCCCAGAGAGCAUGUCGGACAUCUGGCUGACCAUGCUCAGUAUGAUCGUCGGAGCCACCUGUUACGCCAUGUUCAUCGGCCACGCAACCGCACUCAUCCAGUCUUUAGACUCGUCCAGACGGCAAUACCAAGAAAAGUAUAAACAAGUGGAGCAGUACAUGUCGUUCCACAAACUCCCGGCCGACUUUCGACAGAAAAUCCAUGACUACUACGAGCACAGAUACCAGGGCAAGAUGUUUGAUGAAGAGAGCAUACUGGAGGAGCUUAAUGAGCCUCUGCGCGAGGAAAUCGUCAACUUCAACUGCCGUAAGCUGGUGGCCUCCAUGCCGCUGUUUGCCAACGCUGAUCCCAACUUUGUGACAGCCAUGCUGACCAAACUGAGGUUUGAAGUCUUCCAGCCUGUAGACUACAUCAUCAGAGAGGGAACCAUCGGUAAGAAGAUGUACUUCAUCCAGCACGGGGUGGUCAGCGUCCUGACCAAAGGAAGCAUCGGCAUGAAGCUGAUGGACGGCUCCUACUUUGGAGAGAUCUGCCUACUGACCCGGGGCAGACGGACGGCCAGUGUGCGAUCAGACACUUACUGUCGCCUGUACUCUCUCUCUGUGGACAACUUUAAUGAGGUGCUGGAGGAGUAUCCCAUGAUGAGGAGGGCCUUUGAGACGGUAGCCAUUGACAGAUUGGACAGGAUAGGGAAGAAGAACUCAAUCCUGAUGCACAAAGUUCAGCGUGAUCUGAACUCGGGUGUUUUCAACAACCGGGAGAACGAGAUGAUCCAGGAGAUAGUUAAAUAUGAUCGGGAAAUGGUUCAACAGGUCGAUGAACCACGUUCACGGGCCAUGUCCAUGACACCUUCUCUAUACAGUGAAGGAGUCUUUAAUCCUCCAUAUUCCUCCACCCAGCCGCAGAAUUCCGCAAUUGGCACUCUGCAGCAGGCGGUAGCCAUGAACUUUUGUGCCCCUGUGCAAGGGAACUCAUUGGGAGUAGGGAACCUGCAGUCCCCCAAGAUGGUGAGGAGAUUCCAGGUGAUGGAAAGUGUACCCAGCCCUGUUUCAGCUUCUCCACUGCAGUCUCAGUUCAUUGCUUCUGGUGCCUUUGCUCCCAUCCAGUCCAGCCCCCCUAUCCAGAGCCCGCUGACACUUGGAGGACAAUCAUUCCCGUAUGGUUCCAGUGCCCUGGCUGGUCCCACCUCAGGCUCCCAGCUUUCUCUAGCCCAGCAGCACAUAGCCAGUCCCGCACACCGGCCCAGCACAUAUAAGAGUACUCAUUCCUUGCAAUUGAGAAGUUUGGGCCAAGAUGCCAGGGCACUGUCAGCCUCUCAGCCCUCACUGCCUCAUGAGGGGGGGCAAACAGGUGCCCCUAGUCCCCCCCAGUCUACAAGAGUCUCCUCUACUUCCAUUGGACCCCCUCAGACCCCAUCCGGUCACACAGGCAUCCGGAGCGCUGUACCACAUAAAUUGGUACUGUCCCACCAGAUGUCUGUGGGGGCCUUCCCUGUAGCAUCCCUGCCCGGUUCCGUGUCGAGUUUUGGGGCUGGUGCAGGGAUGGCAGUAGGGGGUGCAGGAACAGGUCUGGGGGACUCGGGGCGACCCAAGAAGGACUCUAUAGGGAGCCUUCCUGAGACAGACCACAUGAGAGUCAGAUCCAGGCUAUCCUCAAACUUGUGAUCUUAAUUUAACUUUUCUGGGAAAGUGGCUCAACAAGGGACUUGUCUGCAGGAACACAGGGGAUUGCUGCUCAUUCUUUGACAGUUCCUCUUCUCUCUCUAUUUUAGUUUGACUAUUUGAAUGUAUGAAUGUAGAGCGAGAGGCAGCAGGCAGAAUCUGAGAGAAGACUGUCCGAACAUAAACUCUGUAUGGUGUUUUUUGAAUCUGCAGCAUUGAGAAGUGUCUACUCGCAGACAUAGUAGUUGCGGUAAACCACAGUAGUGGUAAAGUAGCAUCUUCCCAUCUCCACCUCCUUUAUUUACUUUAUUUUACAACACAGUCAUGUUCAUAUCUGCUUCACUAUCCUCUCAUUCACCUCAUUUAAUGGAAACCUUAGGUCCGUUGGGACUAAAAGAAAAUCAGGGACUUGCUUCAGAUAUCAAAAGUAGGCACUUUAAUGGGUUUAUACUGUAUCUACCACAUUUUGUCAGUAGGCUGGCUGUAAAACCAUGAUCUUCUCACAAAAGCGUAAUUUUGGUUUUCAUAAAAAGCCGUAAAAAGUUUGAAAAUUAAAGUUGUGUGUUUUUUGUGAUUCCUAAGUAUUCCUAGACCUAGGCCUAUAGAGAUAAUAUUCAAUAAUGACAUUCAUUUAGAUAUUUUUUAUCAUAUGUUUUGCCAGACUAUUGAUUAAUGAGUGUGUUUAUAAGUCAAAAUCAAGCAGUUUUUGAAUAUAUUUGGCUUCUUUUGUAAGUCUUCCCUGCCUAUGAUAAGUAUGUGACCCCCCCUUAGGAUGUUCAGAACACAGACAAUGAAUAUCCAUUAUACUGAAAUUAGAGCUGUGGGACAAAUUGUCUACUUUCAGCCAGGCCAUCGAGUUCUGCAGGCAAUGUCUGCUGGUUUGUGUAAUUUAAAGCAGCAUCAAUCAAUAUUUUUUUUAUAUUAACAGGGAAUCAAAUGACUAAGGGUAGUGUGAGGGGAGUUGCUUGUAGUGAUCAACCCACAGAGAAAUCACUCAGCUCUGCAUCUCUAUAGUGUCUUGGGUUUUCUUUAGCUCAUUGUUUUGGCUUUAAAGUGAAUUGAUUUUCUGUACAGUUCUGUCUUAUCACUCAACCCUGUUUCCAGUAGCAAAAUUCAGCAGUUUUCCGCAGAAUCACUCCCUUAAAGCCAUUAUGUGUGACCUGCACAUUUAGCAAGUUAAAGAAACGGAUAUCUUUCUCAGGAGUAGAUGAACCAGAUCUAAAAGGCGAGUAAAUAUAUAGAGAUAGGUGGCCA